CCCCCCCCCUAAAAAUAUGGACGGAAAACUACCGGCUCAACCGGCUAACAAGCCUGGCCUCAGGCGACAAGGACGCUAUCAACGCCGAUCGGCAAAGGAUUUCUUUUGCAAUCUUAGCCAUGCUAGACGUCUUGUCAGAAGAAAUUCGAUGAAUAGUGAUUUCUACAUCGAAAACGAAAAAAUGCGUGGAAGCGGACUAUUUACCACAUCUGUGCCAUAUAGCUCAACUCCAGACAAGAGCAAUGACUUCUUGACGUUGUUGGAGAAAAUGCAAAGUCAACGAUUGGACGAGCAACGCUGUGAAAUGCCCGAUUUGCAUGUACAGUUUGGUUCGCCACUCUUGCUCCGCCCUCGUAUAGCUCAGCCAAUCACAGUUCGUGCUGACCAAUCAGAGAUUUUGUUAUGA